CCAAGCGUGUCCCAAUGGACGAGGGACGAUUGAAGUCAACGGUGAAGGCACAUUGCUGGCUUUUCCUUACUUUUGCUCUAUGACACUUUGGUGUAUCCAUUUGCAUGUUUACUCCUAACCAACAAUACCCCCAUUUAUCAUCAAUUUAUUCAUGUCCCCCCUUAAUUGAGUGUUUAGUGAGUUGAGUGUUAUUGCCAGUGAAUUCUUGACAAUUCGAUCAUUCGUGCGAAAUUGGAUUAUCAUAAUUUUUAUCAUCGGGGGAAGUGUCUCCUGUAUUCUAACGUCCGGGUUGUGUUCAUUGGGGAGUAAAGGGAGAGGACGCCUCGAGGAUAUGGUAGCAGUUGAAAUAGCAGACUCAUCCCCAGAGAGUGUUCUGAUUGCACGUGCUGUAACGAUGGGAGCGUCAGGUCUCUGUAAUAGAAUAGCCCGUUAGAAGAAUAACGGCCGACAAUGGUUGAAAGGAAGAAGCGUCAAUGUCAUCGAAGUACGUUGCACUACAUACACAUCAUGGCAAGAUAGUCCAGUGAAUAGUAUGACGGGCUAUUCAGAUCCACAUUUUGUUAGGGCACUCUCUCGUGAUCCAGACAGGCGGACACUCCAGGAUCUCCAGAUCAUUUACUACGGAUUACUUGGACUCGAGGCAUUACGACCAUGCAGAGACUCACUUCUCCGUGAACUCUGCAAGAUUGUUAGAUAUGAGAGGCAUCACGCGAAUGAUGUGUUGUAUUAUACCGGUGAAUUGGCUAGCAGUUGGUACAUCCUUCUUUCCGGUUCAGUUUUCAUCGAUGGAUCUAUGUUUUUGCCUCGCUCAAGCUUUGGCAAGCGAACCGGUGGAAAUCCUCGACGCCCUAACGAAUGUUUCGUCCUUGAAGCCUCUGAAAUGAUAGCCAUUGAUUAUCCGGAAGAGCAUGCAGGUGGAAAAAUGUCCCGACCUUCGCACCCGCAACCUAUUGGAGAUGCUCGUCAGGUCAAUUUCGUUUUCGACGACACGUUCCCGCAGGGGCUGGCGGGUAGACCUGAGCUCUACCAAAAAUCCAACAGGAGCAGUCACUCCAGUGACACUAGCUCGGCUUACAGCGGAUCCGACACUAUGACAUCCGUACAAGGCUCGCUCGAUGCUGAUAACGAUGAGGUGGAUUUUUCUGGCCUCGUUGAGUCCAUCGUUGAUAGCGAUGAGGAAGAGGAUCUCGCCGAGAGCAUGGACAGCCUGACGGUUCGAGACACAGUUCGUGAAUGCCUUGAAAAAGACCCGGCGGAACGAACGGAGGACGACAUCGAGAUCCUGUUGGAGUUUACUCAGCACUUGAAAGCCUUCACCAACAUGACACUGGCAGUACGUCGAGCGCUGUGCGCUGUUAUGGUAUUCGCCGUUGUCGAGCACGCUGGUAUGAUCGUACUGAACGACGGUGAAGAGCUGGAUAGCUGGAGUGUCUUGAUAAAUGGCGCUGUGGAGAUUGAGCACAGUGAUGGCUCGAUCGAGCACCUCCACCUGGGCGACAGUUUUGGCAUUCUACCGACUAUGGAGAGACUUCUCCACAAGGGUGUAAUGCGAACAAAAUGUAAUGACUGUCAAUUUGUGUGCGUAACCCAGGCUGAUUACUUUAGAAUUCAGCACCAGGGUGAGGAGAACACGAGGAGGCACGAGGAGAAUGGCAGAGUGAUUCUGGUGACGGAAUUGCGGGGGGCCAUAGACGGUGGCAAUCGUCGGGGUCACGUUGUCAUCAGAGGCACCCCAGAGCGACUGAUGUUGCAGCUGAUCGAGGAGAAUAGUAUAACAGAUCCGACAUAUGUCGAGGAUUUUUUGCUGACCCACAGGACGUUUAUUGAGAGCCCCUUGCUCGUGGCAGAUCAACUUCUCGAGUGGUUUUCUCAGGCUCAUGUACGAGAUCGUGUGGCACGAGUCGUCCUCCUCUGGGUCAAUAAUCACUUUACGGACUUCGAGACAGAUCCUGCCAUGAUGGAGUUCCUGGAGGCCUUUGAGAGUGGACUUGAACGUGAGAAGAUGUUGGGCCAGCAGAGACUACUGAAUAUAGCCUGUGGUGCUAAAGCAAGAACCAGAAAUGUCACCCUGGCCAGGCCCACGCGGGACGAAGUCCUCCACUUCAGUAUCCUGGGAGGCUACGAGAGGGGUUACGGUAUUUUCAUUUCGAAGGUGGAUAAACGAUCGAAGGCUGAAGAUGUGGGUUUGAAACGUGGUGAUCAGAUUCUGGAGGUGAAUGGCCAACGAUUUGAGCACUUCAGUCAUGCCAAAGCCCUCGAGUUGCUCAGGAGCUCGACACACCUGAGUAUAACUGUUAAAUCAAAUUUAUUAGCCUUCAAGGAAAUGCUUCAGGCACCUGACAAUUCACCGAGACCUCGAGGAAGAGCUGGUAAGCCCGAAAUAACGAGGAUUCAACCGGAUCCUCGAGCAAGAUUGUCAACCCACGUUGAUCCCCUCUUGAACACUCAGCUGAAUCCCCUGGUUGGCGGGGUUCCGCUCUUCACAAAUGACAACAACGUGUCCCCCUGUAAGGAUCCUAAAAAAGAACACAAAGGAUUCAUGACACUGGGACCCAAGCGCAGAUUCCAGAAGGCUCUCAUGAAGAUGAAUAUAUUGCCAAAGAACACUAUAAACUCUGGAGCGCACGCUGAUGAUUCUCUGGCACCUCCUCACACACCACCUGGCACUGGACUAUCCCAGACAACGAAUCUAUAUCACUCGAGGAGUAAUCCUGAUUUAACGUCAGUCUAUUGCUACGAGGAUUCACGUGCCCCUGAUUAUCCUGAGCACGUUCUCAAGGUGUACAAGGCCGACCAGACGUGCAAAUAUCUUCCUGUUCACAAGGAGACAACUGCCCACGAGGUAGUGAUGCUUGCAUUGCAGGAAUUCGGCAUCACCGAGAGCAGCUCGAAUUUUUCACUGACGGAGGUCAGUGUGGGAGAGGGGGGGAUGAUAAAGCAACGAAGACUGCCAGAUCAAUUGCAGAAUCUUGCUGAGAGAAUAGGCUUGAAUUCAAGGUAUUACCUGAGGAUAAAUGGAGUGUCUGAGACACUUGUGGCUGACGAUCAGGCACCUGAACUCAUUCGUGAAUCUCAAGUGCACUUUCUACAAUUAAAUGCUGUGGAAGUGGCGAUACAAUUGACAUUACAAGACUUUAGCAUAUUUCGACAAAUUGAAUCGACCGAGUACGUCGAUGAUUUAUUUGAACUCAAGAGUAGGUACGGGGUACCUAUGCUCAGCCAAUUUGCUGAACUAGUCAACAGGGAGAUGUUCUGGGUGGUGACGGAAGUGUGCUCCGAGCAUAAUCUCGUGAGGAGGAGUAAGAUUAUUAAGCAGUUUGUUAAAAUUGCGAGGCAGUGCAAGGAGUGCAAAAAUUUCAAUUCAAUGUUUGCUAUUGUUUCGGGGCUUGGCCAUGGGGCUGUAUCGAGGCUCAGGGCGUCAUGGGAAAAAUUACCAAGUAAAUAUCAGAGGUUGUUCAGUGAUCUCCAGGAACUCAUGGAUCCCAGCAGAAAUAUGAGCAAGUAUCGACAGCUCGUUGCCUCUGAACAAACACAGCCGCCUAUUAUUCCCUUCUAUCCAGUUGUUAAGAAAGAUCUGACAUUCAUUCAUCUGGGGAAUGACUCCAGGGUCGAGAGCCUUGUUAAUUUUGAAAAACUCAGAAUGAUCGCCAAGGAGGUGAGAACCCUGACGAAUAUGUGCUCGUCUCCCUAUGAUUUGCUCACAAUGCUUGAGAGAGGCGGACAGCCCCCCAGCUCAGCUAUGGUCGCCCUCAAUCAGAUGACCACUGCCAAUCAGGGUGGCCAGACUGCCACCGUUAAACGCAGAAAGAAGUCCACAGCUGCACCCAACUCGAAGAAGAUGUUCGAGGAGGCUCAGAUGGUCAGGAGGGUCAAGGCUUAUCUUGGCAAUAUGAAGGUCAUUACCGAUGAGGAACGUUUGCAUUCUCUAUCUGUUGAGUGUGAGCCACACGCAGGGGCUGUGCCGGCUGUUGCUGCUGCUCCUCAUGGUGGCAGCAGAGGCAGAAGACAUCCCUCACCCACUCUGUCCACCACCAGCAGCGCCAGUAGUACAAGUGAGGGCAGAAAAAGUAUUCAAGGUACAAAAUUCGGUGCCGCAUCUCCCCAAGCUGUCCGAAAGAUGUUAGCCCUCUCCGAUCCUCACAAGACAAGGCCGUACCAGCCAAAACACUGUCCUCCCAUCCUUCCAGUUCCUGGAUUGAGCCUACACUCCAGUGGUUUGGAGCCAAGCCCUGGUGCCCCUAGAAGGGUGGCCACAGGCACUCGUGUGCCAAUGCACGAGAGAUCCCACAGUGAUACACCGUCUGGUCUUCCACCUCCAGUUGAUCUGAGUGCUGAGAGCAGCAGUGUCACCAGCCUCAGCAACCUCCAGCCCCUCAGGAAAACCUUAACCAGUGGUUCAGUGACAAGCAGUGACAGUGGUCAUAGCACUCAAUUGGACAGUCACAGUGGUAGCAGUGUAGAGGCUGGUGGAAGUCCACCACUGCCACAAAGACGACACUCCUCCAUGCAAGGACCUAUUCGAGGAGGACUACCUCCCUUCCCCCACGCAGUAGCAGUGCUACCUCCGCUUCCUGCUGCCCAGAACCACAAUCAUCUUCAUCAUCAUGCUCAUCACCAUCAGCAACACCAUAACCAACAAUCCCAACUUCCUGGAGGUACUGGUGGAGCGGGAAUCAGUGUGGGACUUCAUCAUAGUGGAGGAACUUAUCUGAUGACAAAUAAUAUCGUGGGAAAUCCAAUGAAUAUGAUGAGAGCAGGACUGGGUCCGGUACAGUGUCGUCAACCACCUGCGUACAAAGUAGCUGCACAGAUGGCCAGAUUACACAGGCUAGGUCGUGCUCACAGCCACGAAGGAGUUACCUACCGCACCAAUCAUGAUGAUGAUGACGAGGAUACACAAGUGUCAGCAGUCUAAUUGGUCCUCGGAGGGAAUCUCGAUUAUGUCUUCUAUAUUUUCUAUUUAAUCCCGAUGGGAGGAGUCGAGAGAGUCGUGUUAAAAUGUAAUAUUUACUUGAGUACAAAAACGAUAAGAGACUAAACCACGUAAAUUCAUAGGAGAGGAUACUGAUAAUCUUGCCAAAAACUAACAUGCAGGAUUAGAAAUACUUUUUUUUUUAACGGAGGGACCCCAUUCGUUAAGUCAUUUUUAAAGACAUUUUCUUUUUUUUCACCACUUUUAUUAUGAAAAAAAUCACUAUGGUAUUGACUAUUUAACAUUAAUAUCUCGAUUUGCAUGGAUCAUAUCCACGAGAAACGUGAAAUUCGAGAUAAUGAGGGAAAAAAGUGAGAAGGGUGCACCAAGAGGAAAAACUGAUUUUGACAAAGAAAAUUCAAUGAAUAGAGAAAAAUGUUUGUUUUUUCUUGUGAGAAAUAGUUUUUGUCCGAUGACGGUGUUCCCCAUGAAUGUGUAAUAAAUUGAAUCCAAAGAUGUUAUAUAUCGUGUAACGGGAGGAACGCGGGAGCGUAUGUAUCAUAUUGAAUAUUAGUACCGAAAUCCUUUUAAGAACAACGUAACUCUGUAAGUUGGUGUAAAUAACCCUAGUAAAUAUAGAUAGAUCAAGCCGAAGAGAAGAUUAUAGGUUUAUUCCGCGAAAUUAAGAGUCGUCCCCUAUAGUUUAUAUUUUUUAUUUUUCUUUGGUGAAAAUGAUGGUGUGGGCGCAACAGAAUGUAUUUUCAAGGAGAUUAAUUUAUUUAUGCAUGAGGAGGUUAAUGCAGACUGCGAUCUGUAAGCGAUGAAAAUUUUGUUAUUUUAUCAAUUUUUUUAUGUAGUGUGUAACGACUUAAUUAGAUGUCAGUGUAUUGAUAAACGGAAAACAAAGAAAACGGACCUAAUUACUAUUGAGAAAUACUCAACGUCCGCCGGCCGCGAUCGAGACCAGGAAAUUUAUUAUGAUGUUAUCGAUGUUUUUAAUCCAUGAUAUCGUGUGCAUAAUUUUCAGUUUGAAAAAUUUCAAGGUACGGGAUUUAAUGUCAGAACAUUUUGGGGAGAUGAUGAAACUGUUGGACUUACUGAUAAGCUUAUCCUUUAUAUCCCCGUCGAAUUACCUUAUUACACAGUUAGUGUUUCGAGGACUUACAUUAUGUAUAACAAAACGUAAAUAUUAUAAAUCCUUGUACAUAUCCUUCAUCAUUUGAUGUAUUAUUUAGAAAUAUUCAUGGACCAUUUGAAUCCUUUAUCUCGCCUGUUGCUACUCAAGGCCCUCAUCCCUGGGUUCAAUUUGGUAUCAAUUCAGUACCAAAACGUUAAAGCCAUUCAAAUUGACUCAAUUCUUGUCUCACAUUUUCAGAAAUUUUCACACCUGUCCCCAAUUCCAAGAUAUGUAUUUAAAACCCAUCGGUCAAAAUCAAAUUGAAUCUUUUUACCGUUUUGCUACUGAAUUUAACGUGAUAAUUUCCGUUUUUACUGUGAAUUACUGAGAAAUCUUAUCAUUAAAUUCCUGGGAUGUGUUGUUAAUUACUUCACGAUUAUUUUUCGCCGUGAGUGGCGGUUUAUCAACGAUCAAUCGAUUGAGGUUUUCCGGUUUGUAUUUUGAAUAGGACACGACAGAUAUUCAGGGUUGUUGAACUUUAUAAAAUUUACAGAAAUCGGUUAUUACGGAUUCACUAUUUUAAUUUUUGUAACUGGAAUGGUAAAGAGAAGGUGACAGUGACCACGAAAAUUUGAGACAGGUGGAGGAUUGUGGGGAAAAGUCACUCGGAAACCUUUUGUAUUGACUUUUGUUUAAUAAAAAUCAUCAAACUGUA